AUGGCGGAUCAACCGGUGACCAGAGCAAAUCUUGAGGAAAUUACCACGGCUUUUACCGCGGCUCUAACUGCCUUAACUGAACAGAUGACGAAUUUAGUAAAUCAGGUGAACAACAACAACAGGAAUCAGCGAAAAGACAAGGGAAGAGAACAGAUUAGGGUUCCACGGGGUGGAAACAAUCAUCGUGCUUUUAUUGCUGAAAAUUCGAGUUCCGAAGAAGAAGAGUCCUACGAGGAAGAGGUCGUUGAUCAUGGGAAACGACAUCACCAUGUUUAUCGAGUGAAGGCUAAUAUUCCAUUAUUAUAUGGAACGAUGGAAGUGGAGGAGUUUCUGGAUUGGCAAAUCGACGCCGACAAGUUCUUCGACGUUAUGGACGUCUCUUAG